AUCACGGAUGGCGAAGGUUUGACAGAUUUGAGUUCUACCAUCUGAAUUAUUUUGAAAAAUAACGAAGUUUUAUUAUUUUAUAUGAUAACGAGUUAUGAAAACUCGAUUUAAAUCUAGAACUUCAUAAUCCGUUGAUGUUUUCAUUCCUAAAACGAUGACUUACCUUCUAAAAGAGAAAUCAUUUGAUUGUCGGGUUAGUUCUGUUCUGAAUAAAGAUGUCCGUAGUUAUGGAAAAAAAUUUUUGUACGAUGAUUGCGACGAAACGUGCUGGAACUCCGAUUCAGGUACUCCACAAUGGAUAUUGAUUGAUUUCAAAGAAGAAUGCAAAUUAACGGCUUUAGAAAUCCAAUUCCAAGGAGGUUUCGCCGGAAAAGACUGUCAUUUAGAGGCAGGAUCAAACUUCAAAGACCUCAGUGUUGUGCAGUGUUUUUAUCCAGAAGAUACAAAUAAACUGCAGCGAUUUGAACUAGAGAAAGAGGCUGUAGCAAAAACUUUCAAACUGUCGUUCCAAGAGAGUACAGACUUUUUUGGCAGGAUAAUAGUUUACCGGCUUGCCUUGAUCUCGUGACACAUAAUAAUAAUUUUCUAUAAUUCGUA